AUAUAUAUAUACAUCGCCUACUCCCACUCCACAUACUGAAUAUCAGGAAAAAUGGCGAAACAAGAAGAAGAAGUGAUUCUAUUGGAUUUCUGGGCAAGCAUGUACGGGAUGAGGGUAAGGAUAGCACUUGCUGAAAAGGGUAUUCCAUAUGAGUACAGAGAUGAGGAUUUGAGGAACAAGAGCCACCUUCUCUUGGAAUCCAACCCGGUUCACAAGAAAAUACCGGUUCUUAUCCACAAGGGUAAACCGGUCUGUGAAUCCAGCAUCAUCGUUGAGUAUAUUGAUGAAGUUUGGAAAGAUAAAGCUCCAUUGUUUCCUUCUGAUCCUUAUGCCAAAGCUCAUGCUAGGUUUUGGGCAGACUUUAUUGAUAAGAAGCUAUACCAAGCUGGGAGGAAUCUGUACACAACAAAGGGGGAAGAACAUGAAGCAGCCAGGAAAGAGUUCAUAUCUUGCCUUAAACUGCUUGAAGGAGCGCUCGGAGACGAGCCUUACUUUGGAGGUGAGAGUUUUGGCUAUCUUGAUGUCUCUUUGAUUCCGUUUUAUUCGUGGUUUCAAGCCUACGAAACCUAUGGAAACAUGAUCAUCGAACACGAGUGCCCAAAAUUGAUCGCUUGGGUCAAAAGAUGUAUUCAGAACAAAGAGAGUGUUUCCAACACUCUUCCAGAGUUGGAAAAGGUCCUUGGCUUUGUUCAACACUUGAGGAAAAGAUUUGGAAUCGACGAGUAGAAACUCGGGUCAUAUCAAAUUGUCGAACUUUAUGUGGUCUUUUUAGAGUAUUUGAAGUUUAGAUGUGUUCUAGCGGUCGUAUGUGAGAUGGGUGUGUGCGUUUAUGUCGUUUUCUUGAUAAAAAACACUUAAAUGUGUUCUUGUUUGUGUCGUCUAUGGCUAAAGAUUGUCACACAUAUAUAACGACUGUUGUAUUUUCAGAAGCAUCUUUUGCUAUGUUUACAUUUUGCAAUCUGUAGUUUUUCAUCAAAUUGUUGAACUUUAUGUGC